AUGCUCGAACAGCUUUAUUCUGGGAGCCUCACUCUUGAGGACACCUGGGUCCAAGCCAGCUUCAUGCUCCAGCUGGACGAGCUGCUCCGGGAUCAUCCGUAUCUCGAGCCUGACCAAAAUGCAGCGACGGCGACGGUCCAUCCACUCCAGUACUGGGUGACGAGGUGUCGGGAGUCUUUUGUCAAGAAGAAGUUUGGUGAUGCACAGGACUCGCUCCGGCGUUUGCUGGCAAGCCUGCGCACGGACCAGCGUCAAAUCGCCGAGGCGUUUCGCCGCUUUGACGCCGAUUCUUCUGGGCACUUGGAUGCCAACGAAUGCAAGAAUAUGUGCGCCUAUCUCGGUUGGGGGCUCGAGGAGGCCAGCCUCAUGGAUCUGGACAAAGAUGGUCGCAUCACUCUUGCCGACUUCCAGGGCUUUGUGGGGCGCAUGGGAGGCGUCCAGCAGCUCUUCGAGCACCGCCGUUUGCGGAUCUCCUCCAGCAGAAAGGACGUUUGCGAUCAUGCAGGUCUAGCGGUCGGCUCAAGGGUUCGUGCGCACUUCUACGUCCAUGGCCAGAAAUCGCGCAGCUGGCGAGAGGCGCAGGUUCUCGCCGUGGGUGUGGAGAAGCGCUUGCAAGGCGGCAUGGGACCGGUAACAUACGGUGUCUUGCUGGAGUUCGGCUUCGGCUACUCAGAAAAGCAUCGUCGAUGGAGGGCCAGGCAAGUUGUUCCACCCACCUGGGUGCUGAGCAGCGUGGAGGACGCCACUGUGGCCUCGGCUCUUCGUGAGAUCGGCCUGCUGGACGAAGAUCAAGCAUUUUGGGCCCUUCUCCUGCCCGAAUCCGAAAUGCGAGCUGUAGAACGUCUCACGGACUGCCAGCGAAAGGCGCUGGCCGGCGUUCGGGCACAUUGCACGGCGAGCCACGAAAACUCCCUGCCCAAGGUCCGAGAGCGCUUCACCAAGUUGGGCUUCGUGGGCCGGGAGCUGGAGACUACCCUCGGCUGGAUCCAGGACAUGGCGCCGAUCUGCAUCCACAUCAAUCUGGAUCGCAUGGGCCAUUUCAUGGAGAGCGACGAGUUUUAUCGCAACCAGUUCGAGACCAAAACGUCCAAUGGAGCUUUGGACCCAGAGAAUAACACACGCAAGGGCUGGGAGCAUGAGCUCUUCGGCGGGGCCUACGACGACGCCAAGGGUUUCGAUCGUGUGAAGUAUGGCGCCCUCAACGUCAUGAAUGACUAUCGAGGUGUGGUCAAAGCGAAGCAGUAUGGUGAUUCCUACCUGGUUCUCAAGGACGUCCGCCUGCGCUGUACCUUUUGCUCCACAGAUUCGGGAGGCAUGCAGCAUCAACGGCUUGGCGUUUUGGACAAAUACGGCCACGUGCUGCUUGAGUACAACGACAAGGAGCUGCAGGGCUUGGUGGAGGUUGCCAUGAACGCCACAGCGCCCAGCGAGGGGCCGCACCUGCUGCCGCGGCUGCUGCGCGGAGGCACUGCCGAUUCCACGCAAGAGUGGGUGACCGUGGGCUUCCCAGACUACGCACAAGACAGCGGCCGCUUCUUCUUCGAGGUGCAGCUCUUCAAGGAGUCUCGUGCUCCGCAGAUUGGACUGCUGAGCACUGGCUUCGAGAUUCGUGCCGGGGCGAAGAGCACUCAAGGUGUGGGUGACGACCUUCAUGGAUGGGCCGUGGACGGAUUGAAUUCCUCGAGGUGGCACGGCGGCACGAACAACGCUUGGAACCAGAUUUGGCCGGCAGUGGGUUCAGGCGCUGAGCGUCACUUGAAAGAGGAGGUCAUCGUUGGUGUUGCGGUGGACCUGGACAGCCGGCAGAUUCUGUUCGGCACCAACGGCGUUUGGGCACCAGCCUUCGGCGAAGAGGAUUUCCCCUUUGGUGUCGCUGUCUACCCGGCCUUGUCCGUCUACGGCAAGGCCGCCUUCAUCUUUGGACCGGACUUCCGCCACGGGCCACCUCCAGGUGAUCGUGAUUUUUCGCCAUGGCUGGGAGGACUGCCCAACCUCGUCAGGAUCGACAUGCCCCGAAUUGGCAACGAAGAAAUCCUCAGCUUGUACAAGGAAGUGCAGAUCCACGGCGAAGUCAACCUGAAGAAGCAUGUGCAGCGCUUGGUUGCAGCCCAGAAGUACCGCGACGUCCCCAAGACACAGAGGUCGUACGCCGUCGUGGUAAACGGGCCCAGCGCGCUCCGGGGUAAGUAUGAGCGUGCUGGAGAGCUUAAUGGCUACCCGCUGUACAAAUGCCCCACUGGGCAGCACAUGUGGUGCGACCCUGGUAUGGGCAAGUGGCGAAUCUCUGAGUCUUCCAUGGACGACUGGCGCUUCUCCGCUACCGUGGUCCCUGGAGUCGAGUUGCCACCGCGAAGUGGCUGGGAGGCCCUCAACGAGUCGAGAGGCGUGCUUGCGCCGCACUUGCUCCGAGAGGCGGCUUUCAACUUGAAACCGAUGCCUGCUUGCAACAGAGGUCACCGCUUGCGGCCAGAUGUACGGGGCAACCAUCGAUGCGACGUGUGUGGAACCAGUGGCACGGCCUACCGGUGCCCUGAAUCCGGCUGUGACUACGACAUGUGCAAGCCCUGCUACGAGCAAGUGCAGGAGACGUGUCAGGCUGCCGCUUCAUCCUUGGCCGCAGAGGAUGUGGAUGCGAUGAUUCAGAAGCUGUUGGCGAAGGACUCUAUGGGGCACGAGGUUGUCUUUCGUGUUCGGGAUGGAGCCACGCUGGCAGAAGAAUGGGCUAAGAUUGGAUCCGCACUGGGCUCUGACCAGGAUCUCUGGACAGAGGGACUGGAAAGUAUGCGGAAGUCCCUGAAAGCAGAGGCGGGCUUAGGUGAAGCAUCCAUCCUGGAAACGAGCCAUCCCUACGAUGCGAAGCGCUUCCAGUGGCGCAAGCAGGUGCACAUGGACGGUGCAGCAGCGCUGGACGUCUUCUUUUGCCAGAAGAGUUGCACUUUGGACAAAUCCGCCCGCUUUCGCAUCUUCUCCGGUGGCCUUCGCCGGCCGGCGGCUGGCACCGGAAGCCGUGUGGAGAUUACAGUGCCAGGAGCGAAGGGUGACAAGGUGUGGGGCACUGUCGCUUUCAGAAGCGAAGGCCGUUGGCUGGUAAACUUGGAUGUGCAGGAGGAGAUGGACAGCGAUUCGUCAUUAGCAGAUCAGACUGGGUGGCCUGUGGUCGGCGACGAGGUCGAGGCCAAAAGUGGAUCCUGGCAUCGCGCGACAAUUUCCGAAGUUUGCGAAGAUGGCACCUUCGUGGUGGAUUGGUUCGACAAGGAUGGCCAGGACCGCAAGAAGCAGCGAAGUGAAAUCCGACGGCCAGUUCCUAGACCCUUCGAUCAUCGCAACCUAGACGAUCUGCCGCGCUUUGCCGCUUUCCCUUCGAUGGCGAAGGACCGGAAGUGCACCGCGGUGUGCUUGGACGAGCCGCGCAGCGUCCAUGUGCGCUUCGCUGCCGGACAUUCCGCAGUGGACGAGCAGGGCUACACCCCCAUGGUCGGAGAUGAGAUCGCGUCAUUCGCGCUGGACCCAAGCUGUCCUCUCGCGCCUUUGUCAAUUGGCUCGUUUGUAGGACCUGGACCGGCGCAGGAGCAGGGGGUGGAGGCCGGCUGGUAUGUCGACUUGGUCGCCACUCUUGGAGGACCCUCGCGGAAGGAGUUGUCAGAGCUGCUGAAGACCCUCGGCGGCUGUGAGGUGAACAUCAAGGAUCUCAAUGCUCUGACAGAGGCAGUCUUUCGGAACAUUGCAGAAGUGCAGACCAAAUUCAACGAAGAUCUCCGUGCCAUGCGAGACAUCACCUUGAUCUUCACGAACAGCUGCUCGCCAAAGCAGGUAUUGGUUUUGCCUGAGGCACACGUCAAGUUCCCCGACACGACGGCCGCCUCGAGUGAGAUCCCCGGUUUUCAGCUGACAGCUGGCACUGUUGCCUCUGAGCACCCUCCGGACACUGUUACUGUUGGACCUCACGGGUGCGAGCUCAAAAAAUUUGACAAUGGCUCUGUCACGUGGUGGUGCGACCACUGCUCUCCGCACUGCACGCGCGAGUCGGAGGGUCCAAAGGUGCGCUGGAGUUGCCGAGCGCACGGCUACGACCUGUGCCGCGGAUGUGUGAAGCACCACAUGACCAACUCACCGCCGUUGCCAGUCGGAUUGAAUGUGGAGCUCGCGAGUUUGACUACCGGCGGCUGCUGCCAUGCUGCGGGGGUUCGCACAGAUUGGGCGCUGGACCUUCGGAAAACGCUGCACUUCAAUCGGCACCUGAAGGCAUCCAUGCCCGAUGUCUUUAACCGCCUCACAGAAUGUGUGGAGGAGGCAGAGAAGGCAAAACAAGAGCAAGGAACCGGAUUGUCGAAAAAGGCGAAGAAAAAGAAGGCUAAGAAAAGGAAGAAGGCAGCCCGCAUUGAGAAAGAGGCAGAGGCAGCAGCCGCGGAUGCGACGCCAUCACCCGAGAAGCCGGGGAAGACCGAGGAGGAAGCGGAGGAGGUUGAGGCUGCUGCGAAGGCGUCAGCUGCACCCCCGGCGGCUGAAGCUCAUUCGGAGAUCAGUAUCGAGACCCGGGAGUUCACUUUGUCUUGGGAGGAGAAAGACAUGUUUUUUGAGGUCGUCGACCGCAAGAUGAAAGCUCUGAUGUCCGAGCUCGGGUGGUCCGACCCCUCCGAGCUGGAGGGCGCCGUGCCGUUCUUCGAUCCGGACCCUCAUGUUGUCGACAGCACGGGCACGCGUGUUGAGGGUCCGAUGAUGAUCUUUGCCGACGAUCCAGCCGGCUUCCCCCUGACCUUCAGGUUCAAGUUGCCGCGGCGAAAGGCGGCUGCAACGGAAUCGCCUGGUGAUGACAAGGAAGCGGAGCCGGUUCUGGAGGGAAAGGAGGAGGAGGCGGAGGCCCACGAUGCAGAGGAAGAUGGCGAAGAGGAGCAGGAGCCCGAUCAGGCCCCAGCUGAAGUUGUUGAGGAGCCAAAGCGUGCCCCGGAGGACUGCUUACAGGAGCUGUUGAACUUACCAGGCCUGACAGUCGCAUUUACGCAUCCUCGUCCAAAUUCCGUGCAGCUUCACGAGAGCUUUGGCGCCACGGGAAAAGCUUGCUGGAAGCGCUGCAAGGUGCCCGGAGACUAUGCUGAGUUCGAAUUCUCUACCGAUGGGGAUGGGGGUGACAAGCCCGACAAACGAUGGGGUGUCUUGGCUUUGGUGCUUCCUGCCACAUCGAAUGAUGACGCGGGCUUGCAGGAGAAGGUGGAUGAGUUCCUGGGACGCUGGGUGGAGGAGCUACAAAGGGCCGCUGGGAGCAUGGAGUCGCCCACGGUGGAGCGGGAUGCCUGGGAUGAAGUGCGUCUCCGAGCCCUCUGUGCCCGCCACGGCUGGGAGUUCGAAUGGAUGACGGAAGAUGGAGAGCGUCGCAGAAGAGCCCACGAGCAGUGGGACGUCCUGAAACUCUCCACUCCAGCUGCUCCAGCUCUGCCUGGGGACUCCGCAGAGCCAGAUGGCGCAUCCGGCGCUCCCUGA